AUGUCAUCAAACGCAAGUGCAAUAGAUGUGGAGAAGAAGGAAGGGAGGGAGCAGGUCGUGCAAGACCAAGAGUUGAACGGUUCGACAAAGAGGUCGCAGCAUCAGGACCAGGGCCAUGAGGACCGUUCAACCCCCAUCCGCGAAAGUGUCACGGUCGAUUGGGACGGGCUUGAUGACCCGGAGAAUCCUAUGGACUGGCCCACCUCCAGGAAAACCAUCCAGCUAGUCUUGAAGUCCUGGAAUAAUUUUAUAACUCCUCUCGCCUCGUCCAUGUUCUCCCCCGGGAUCGCGUACGUGAUGGCCGAUGACGGUCGGGUCCCCGUCUACCACGUCUGCAACAUGAUCUUCCUGAUCUUCAGCAUCGCCUGCGCCGUGGCGCAGAACCUCCCGCAGCUCAUCGUCUUCCGCCUGCUGGCCAGAAAUGGAGGCGCCUGUCCGCUCGCAAUCGAGUCGGGGACGGUAGCGGACAUGAUCAACCAGAAGAAGCGAGCCGGCAUCAUGGCCGUGUGCGGCUGGCGAUGGGUGUUCUGA